UGGCAGCGACAACAGAUACCGCCAUGACGGCAGCGCACGCGGCGAACGUCGCGCCAUUGUCGCCGAAGGCGGAUGGCUUUUCGGAAGCCCAGCUGCGUGCUAUGGAGCGAGUCGGCCGUGUGCCGGUGAAGGGCAGAUAUGUGAAAGGCAGACACCUGCAGGACGAUUUUCGUUUCACAGGGAAGGUCCUGGGCACCGGCUGCAGCGGUGCGGUACUGCAAGCCGUGGAUCGCAGCGUUGGCAGCGGUACUGCGGCAGCGACAAAAGCGCCGAAAGUUGCCAUCAAGAACUACGACUUGGAUCUAUUGGAUGACUCACAGAGGCAGCGUCUGCAAGGUGAACUGGAGGUCUUUUUGAGUCUGGAUCAUCCGCACAUUGCGCGGCUCCUGUAUGUCUAUGAGUCCGACAAUGCACUGAGUUUAGUCAUGGAAUGCAUGGAAGGUGGAGAGCUCUACGAUCGCGUCAUCCAUGGCUCAGGGCAGCCUGGACAGGAAGCAGCGUUGGCGACCUGGCACAUGCUUCAAGCGAUCUCCUACAUUCAUUCCACCGGCGUGGUGCAUCGAGAUCUAAAGCUUGAAAAUUUCCUCUACGAUUUCAAAGACAGCGACUUCUUGAAACUCAUUGACUUUGGCUUCAGCAAGUUCUUUUGCAUGAAGAAAAAGAUGAAAGAGGCCCUCGGCACAAUUGCCUACGUUGCACCAGAGGUCCUGAAAAAGAGAUAUUCUGGCGGCUCUUGCGACAUGUGGAGCCUGGGAGUCAUCGUCUAUGUGUUGUUGACAGGCGAGAUGCCCUUUACAGGCAAGUGCGAUGUGGACGUGGCGACCGCUGUCAUGAAGGGAAGUUACAGCUGGAAGGCCUCCCAUCGCUUUCGCGUUUGCAAGGAAGGGAGAGACUUUGUAGAGCGUCUGCUGGUCCUGGACGCCUCCAAACGACACACCGCCGAGGAGGCCCUGAGGCAUCCCUGGCUGCUCUCCGUGAACGCCUCGGCUGAGAAGGUGCAUGGCAACACGGUGGUCACGGGCUUCCGGAACCUGGCAAUGGCCAGCGACUUCCAAAGGGCGUGCCUGAAGGCAAUGGCCUGGUCCUUAAGCCUGGCCGAACGGCGCCGCUUGCGGGGCGUGUUUAUUGACCUGAGCACUGGGGAUGGAAAAGAUGGUAGUGGCAUCAUCAGCAAGAGUCAUCUGCAGGCUUACAUGCGGGCCCGCAUUCCCAAAGAAUCCGACGAGGGCUUGGAGGAGCUCGCUGCGAUGACCGCCAACUUGCCGGAGGAGAUCCAUUACAGUGACUUUUUGGCUGCCAUGAUGGCGUUUGAGCUCGACGAACACGAGGACAUCGUCCGCUGCGCCUUUCGGCACUUCGACCAGGAGGGAUCUGGGAAUGUGACGCCUGAGAUCCUGACGGAGGUGCUGGGGACGGACGUAGACGUGUCAUCGAUUUUCCGAGAAGCUGACAUAGACCAGGAUGGCCACAUCUCGCUCCACGACUUCGUUCUCUACUUGGGCCGCAUCACUGACCUGCCUCCUGUGGAGACGCUGGCGAGCUCCGAAGCGUUGCAGCUGGAAGAGAGUCAGCCAGAAAAGGUGACUCGAAAAGACCGCUUGCGUCGUGCCAUCAGAUCUUGGCUUCAAAAAUUGCCUCGCGGCUUUGAACGCGGCAAACAUCCGGUCCCAGGGUAGGCGGCCGUUUUUUUUUGGCUCGGAGUUGGGUGAGAUCCAAAACUGGGUUACCCGGGACAAGGCACACCCAGGGUUUGUUCAGUUUGAAAUCCACCCAGUUUUGGACCUACAUUGGUUUUGAUCAAGAGAAUGGCAGUGUUAUCACUGGGACUGCUGGUGAUGCAUCGCAAGGAUUAACCUGUUACUGUCCUGGGCCGUGCAACAGUGAUGGGCCCCUGGCACUUCCAAAUUUAG